CCUUGAAGAAGAGCGGUGCUCAGCAACGAGAAGGCAAACAAGCUGUGGCACGAGAGCUGGUAGAGUUAACUCGUUCAAUAGUCUGGAAAGUUACCCCUCUCAACUCAACUUCCAAAGACUUUUUUUGUUUGUUUUUGCUUGCAAAUGACGUUUGGAGAUUUAUUGUUUUAAAAAGAAUUGUGUUCUCAGAUGGUACAUUAAUAAGAUGGCUGGCAAAAAGAAAGAAGUCAGCUUGCAGGCGUCUGUCGCAAACCAAGAGCAAUGGGAUGAGAUGCUUGCAACGAAAGGUUUAACAGUUGUAGAUGUGUACCAGCAGUGGUGUGGUCCAUGCCGAGCUGUUGUCAGUUUACUGAGGAAGAUCAAAAAUGAACUGGGAGAUGACUUGUUACAUUUUGCCACAGCAAAAGCUGACAGUAUCGAUGCUCUAGAAAGGUACAGGGGGAAGUGUGAGCCCACCUUCCUGUUCUAUGGGGGGGGGGAGAUGGUCUCAGUGCUGCGGGGGGCUAACGCUCCUGUCCUCCAGAGGAUGGUGUUGGAGGAACUGGCCAGAGAGAAGACUGUCCUGGAGGAGGGAGGGGAACGCAGAGUGGUGAAAGAUGAAGGUUUGAUAGAUGAAGACGAGGAGGAGGAGGAUCAAAGUGAUGAAGAUACACUUGUUCCAGACAGUAAAUCAUACACGGUGGCCAUCAUCAAACCAAACGCUGUGGCUCAUGGCAAAACUAGUGAGAUUAUCAUGAAGAUUCAGGAUGCCGGGUUUGAGAUCCUAGCCCAAGAGGAAAGAACGCUGAGUGACUCUGAAGCACGAGAUUUCUACCAGAACAAAGUUGGAGAGGCCUGUUUUGAAGACCUGAUCCAGUUCAUGUCCAGUGGCCCCUCUCACGUCCUGGUGGUCUCUCAGAGGGAGGGGUCAGGUAAUGUGGUGCCAGCAUGGAGGGAGUUCAUUGGUCCAGCAGACAUAGAGGAAGCCAGGAGGGAUAAACCUGAGAGCCUACGUGCCCAGUAUGGCAGUGAAACCCUGUUCAACUCGCUCCACGGUAGUGACGACAGCCAUCAGGCCAGGAGGGAGCUGGCCUUCUUCUUCCCCAGCUUCAGGACUUCUUCCCGGGCAGAGCAGCACGAGGAGGAAGGGCGAGUGGAGAGGACACUGGCUCUCAUCCGACCUAACCUCUCCAGGGAGAGCAAAGAUGAGAUCUGGUCUCGUAUCCAUGAGGCUGGCUUCACUGUGUCUCUCCAGAGAGAGGUGAUAUUAACAGAGGAACAGGCCAGACGGUUCUACAAACGACAUGUUGACCAGGACUACUUCCCUGCCCUACUGCACAACAUGACCAGUGGUCCUGUGUUGGCUCUGGCCCUGGCCAGGACGGGAGCUGUGGACCACUGGAGGAACCUUCUGGGCCCUAAAGACGUCAACAAGGCCAGGGAGGAGCAGCCCGACUGCCUCAGGGCCCAGUUCAUGGUGGCCAGUGAGGAGGACAGUGAGCCCCAGAACCAGCUGAACCAGCUCCAUGGCAGUGCCAGCAGGGAGGAGGCAGAGGAGGAGAUUGACUACUUCUUCCCUAAACAGCAGACUCUGGCCAUCAUUAAGCCUGACUCCAUGGACGAACAUAGAGAGGAGAUCCUGGGGGAGAUCCGUGCUGGAGGUUUCUCUAUAUCUCGGCUGAAGGAGACAGUGUUGUCUAGAGACACGGCUGAGGAGUUCUACAGGGAACACAGAGACAAACCGUUCUUCAGCCAGCUGGUUGACUUCAUGUGCAGCGGCCCCUGUAUGCUGCUGGUGCUGACCAAGGAAAAUGCUGUGGAGGAGUGGCGGUCCAUGAUGGGCCCCACAGACCCUGGCCUGGCCCAGGUUACGGCCCCGGGGUCCCUGAGGGCCCGCUUCGCCUUAGACAUCCUCCACAACUCCCUUCACGGCUCCUCCAAUCAGGAGCAUGCUAAGGAGAAGAUACACUUCCUGUUUGGUGAUAUCAUCACCUCAGACAGAGACCUGACCAGCAAUGGGGAACUGGAUCCCACAUCGCGAGGAAAACAGCAGGACCGUUUUGCAGAUCUCAUGGCUUCCGACAAAUCAGGUUGUACAACUGCAGAAAUGACAGAACAUGCUGAGCCAGGAAGUCCAGAGAGCCAUCAAGAGCAUGUUGAGCCAGGAAGUCCAGAGAGCCAUCAAGAGCAUGUUGAGCCAGGAAGCCCAGAGAGCCAUCAAGAGCAUGUUGAGCCAGGAAGCCCAGAGAGCCAUCAAGAGCAUGUUGAGCCAGGAAGCCCAGAGAGCCAUCAAGAGCAUGUUGAGCGGGCCACAUCCACGUCAGACACACCUAGUGUCACAAGCAAAGAAGGGGAAGGUGAUCAGACACCAGUCUGAAGAAGAAGGAUCAACAGAUGCCCAGUAGAGAUCCCCAGGAGAGAUCCCCAAGACAGGUCGCCAGUAGAGAUCCCCAGGACAGGUCGCCAGUAGAGAUCCCCAGGACAGGUCGCCAGUAGAGAUCCCCAGGACAGAUCCCCAGACCAGGUCCCCAGGACAGGUCACCAGUAGGGAUCCCCAGGACAGGUCGCCAGUAGAGAUCCCCAGGACAGAUCCCCAGACCAGGUCCCCAGGACAGGUCACCAGUAGAGAUCCCCAGGACAGGUCACCAGUAGAGAUCCCCAGGACAGGUCACCAGUAGAGAUCCCCAGGACAGGUCACCAGUAGAGAUCCCCAGGACAGAUCCCCAGGACAGAUCCCCAGUAGAGGUCACCAGUAGAGAUCCCCAGGACAGAUCCCCAGUAGAGUUCCCCAGGACAGAUCCCAAGUAGAGAUCCCCAGGACAGAUCCCAAGUAGAGAUCCCCAGGACAGAUCCCAAGUAGAGUUCCCCAGGACAGAUCCCCAGUAGAGUUCCCCAGGACAGAUCCCAAGUAGAGAUCCCCAGGACAGAUCCCAAGUAGAGAUCCCCAGGACAGAUCCCAAGUAGAGAUCCCCAGGACAGAUCCCAAGUAGAGAUCCCCAGGACAGGUCACCAGUAGAGAUCCCCAGGACAGAUCCCCAGUAGAGAUCCCCAGGACAGGUCACCAGUAGAGAUCCCCAGUAGAGAUCCCCAGGACAGAUCCCCAGUAGAGAUCCCCAGGACAGGUCACCAGUAGAGAUCCAUAGGACAGGUCACCAGUAGAGAUCCCCAGGACAGGUCACCAGUAGAGAUCACCAGUACAGAUCCCCAGGACUCUGAUCGUCAAAGUUAAGACUGAAUGGCCUUCGUCUUUCAGAUACAACAAAUCAACAAUACCACUUGUAGGGCUACAGUACAUUAUCAUGUUACUUCAUUUGAAUGUUGCAAAAAAUGAAAUAAAAAUCUUACUGCAGA